AAUUGAGUGGACUGAUACAUCCUAUGCUGGGACAUUUAUCUACAGGAACUUAUGGAGUCAGAAGUUGGGACCAACAGGACAGCUGUUGCUGAGUUCAUUCUACUGGGCCUAGUACAAACAGAAGAGAUGCAGUCUGUGGUCUUCAUACUCUUCCUCUUUGCCUACCUGGUCACAGUCGGGGGUAACCUCAGCAUCCUAGCAGCCAUUUUGGUGGAGCCAAAACUCCACACUCCCAUGUACUUCUUCCUGGGAAACCUAUCGAUACUGGAUGUUGGGUGUAUCAGUGUCACUAUUCCAGCUAUGUUGGGUCGUCUUCUGACCCACAAACACACAAUUUCCUACAAUGCCUGCCUUACACAGCUAUUCUUUUUCCACCUUCUGGCUGGGGUAGACUGCUUCCUGCUAACUGCCAUGGCCUAUGAUCGAUUUCUGGCCAUCUGUCGGCCCCUCACCUACAACACCCACAUGAGCCAGAUGGUCCAGAGGAUAUUGGUGACUGUGUCCUGGGCUUGUGCCUUCACCAAUGCACUGACCCACACUAUUACCUUAACUACCCUCAACUUCUGUGGCCCCAACGAGGUCAACCACUUCUACUGUGACCUCCCUCAGCUCUUCCAGCUCUCCUGCUCCAGCAUCCAACUCAGUGAGUGGCUGCUCUUUGGCCUAGGUAUCCUCAUGGCAGGUACACCUAUGGUUCUCAUUAUCACCUCCUACAUCCAUGUGUCAGCUGCAGUUCUACGAAUGCAUUCAGUGGGGGGCAGAAAAAAGACCUUCUCCACAUGCGGCUCCCAUCUCACUGUGGUUUGCCUCUUCUAUGGGACAGGUAUCUUCAACUACAUGCGUCUAGGUUCAGAAGAGGCUUCAGACAAGGAUAAAGGGGUUGGAGUUUUCAACACGGUCAUCAACCCCAUGCUAAACCCACUUAUCUACAGCCUCAGAAACCCUGAUGUUCAGGGCGCUCUGUGGAGGCUAUUAAUAGGAAGGCGGUCACUGACCUGAAAGGUGAUAAGCUCCCUCUUUUCCUGUCUUUUCUGGGCUGAGGAAAACGUCCCAUGAAAGCAGUCACCAGU